AUGUUCUUACGUCUGUUACCCGUUGCAUCAUAUGAAAAUGACGCUGGAAGUUACAGUCCUUCAUUUGAGCAACAAGUGAUCGAGGAGCACCUUAACGAUGGAUAUUGGAUUGAAGCUUUCCAACCUGACGACCAAACUCCUACUGGACUCAUCAGUUAUGGACUCUCUCGUGGAGAGGUCAAGUUCUAUUCAAAUCCUCACACAAAUAUUGAAAAAGUCAAACCAAUUCUUAUCCAAAAGCUUAUUACUCCUGUUGCCAUGGGCCAGGCUGAUAUUUCAGGUGACGGAUAUAAAGACAUCAUUAUCUGCUUUGACUAUGGAAAUACAAUAAUCGACUUCAAUCCUAACGGAGGACACAUCGUGUGGUUAGAAAAUCCCGGAAAGGAGAUUGGUACAAAACAGUGGAAACAGCAUUAUGUUGGAAGAUCACCGACAAUGCACAGACUUAAAGUUGGUCACUUCACUCAAACCAAACAUUGGGAGAUUAUAGGUCUGCCUGUCGUAAAUGGACCAUUUGAUGUGUCAGUACCAGUGUUGCUAUUUCGACAGCCUGAUAAUGUGCUAACUGCCAAAGUAUGGGAUUAUGAAAUUAUUGAUAAAGAUUAUUUUCAUUUAAUUCAUGACGCUGAAAUGUUUAAGGUUCAUUUGUUAGAUCAACUUCUUAUUGCAUCACGAGAAGGUCUUACUUGGCUUUACUUUAAGGAAGACUCAACGGAGUGGAUUAUUGAGAAAAUUGCCGAUGGUGAACAGAAAGACAAACAGCAGACAAACUAUUAUGGCAGUGGCGGUGUUGAUAUUGGAAAAGUUCAAUCCAAUAUCCA